AUGGGUGGAACAAGACCAUAUGAAUUGACGGGUCUCCCUGAGAAGGAUUCUUUGUCUCUAUUUUUCAAGUUUGCAUUCCGUGGUGAAGAAGAAGCAAAGUAUCCUGAACUCAAACAAAUUGGUGAAGAAAUUAUGAGAAAGUGUAGAGGGGUUCCUUUGGCAUUGAAAACCUUGGGGAGUCUACUUCGGUUGAAGAAGACUGAAGCUCGUGAGUGGAAAAUCGUAAGAGACAGCAGAAUUUGGGAGUUAGAACGAGAGGAAGGUCACAUUUUACCUGCAUUGCGAUUAAGUUACAAUGCAAUGCCUCCAUCUUUGAAACAAUGUUUUGCUUACUGCUCAACUUUCGAAGAGGAUAGUUUGAUGGAGAGUACUGAAUUGAUUUUCAUUUGGAUGGCACAUGGAAUCCUUCAUUCACCUAACAACAAAGUGGAGUUGGAAGAUGUUGGUAAAUCACAUUGCAUGGAGUUGUGCAACAGAUCUUUCUUUCAAGUUGAUGAUGAAGUUGAUUAUGGAUUCAACCAAUUCUUUAGAGUGCAUGGUUUAAUUCACAACCUUGCGUGCUCUAUCACCCAAAGUGACUGCUCUAUUUUAAAUGACAAUGGCGGAGAGAUUUCUGAUGCUGUAAGAUAUUUAAGAAUUGUUAUCAAUGAGAACAACUUAACAAAUUUGAGUAAGUUAACGAAACUGAGAAGUAUUCAUGUUAAGCAUACCGGACAUGAUAAGGAUGAAGUUGUGCAGUCAUUCCUUUCUACAUGCAUCUCAAGAUUCAAGCACUUGCGAUUGUUUGAUUUGUCAGAUUUAUCUUUCGAGGUGUUGCCAAGUUCGAUUGGGACCAUGAAACAAUUGAGAUAUCUUGAUAUGAGCUAUAAUAAAAAGAUAAAGAGACUCCCUGAUUCAAUUUGCAAGCUGCAAAUUUUGCAAACUCUGGAUGUUGGUGGAUGUGAGGAGCUUGAGGAAUUACCCAAGGAUAUAGGAAACUUGGUAAGCCUUAGGACUCUUGUGGUAACCACAAAACAAUGCCUUUUGGAAGAUGGUGGAAUUGGACGCUUGAAGUCUAUUCGUUUAUUGGGUAUUUAUAAGUGUAAAAAUUUGAGAGUCUUGCCGAAUGACAUGAUAAACUGCACCACAUUACGUACUCUCUUGAUAGAUGAUUGUGAACAACUCAACUUGGCAAGUGAAUUUAUCAAUGAAGAUGUCCAGUCGAGCCUUCAGACAUUUGUGAUUCAAGAAUUACCAGAGACAACAGAUCUGCCCCAAUGGCUCCAACAAGCUGCUAAGACCCUACAAUAUUUAUAUAUUGAAGAUUGUUCCAAAUUAGUGAGACUGCCGGAGUGGCUGCCAAAACUCAUCUCACUUGAGAAGCUUGCCAUUAAAAGAUGUCCAAAAUUGAUGUCUCUUCCAGAGGGGAUGGAACGCCUCACACAUCUGAAGAUUGAAGAUUGUGAACAACUCCACUUGGCAAGUGAAUUUAUCAAUGAAGAUGUCCAGUCGAGCCUUCACACACUUUUUAUUAGAGACUUACCAGAGACAACAGAUCUGCCCCAAUGGCUCCAACAAGCUGCUAAGACCCUACAAAAUUUGUAUAUUGAAGAUUGUUCAAAAUUAGCGAGACUGCCAGAGUGGCUGCCAAAACUCAUCUCACUUGAGAAGCUUGUGAUUAGAAAAUGUCCAAAAUUGAUGUCUCUUCCAAAGAGGAUGGAACGCCUCACCUCCCUCACACAUUUGAAGAUUAAAAGAUGCAAUGCACUUGAGGAAAGAUGCAAACGAGAAGUAGGCCAGGAUUGGCAAAAGAUUGCUCAUGUUCCAAUUUUAGGAGGAGAAGAUCUUCCCUUCGCCCCAGGAAUAAAAUUCUUUCGACGAAGUCUCAUUGAGUUCAUGAAGUUUGGUGUGUCUUCUGUCUACAUGUUCAAUAAAGAUAUAUCUAUUAAUAGUUUGAUUAAUGUGUGCAAGUUUUUCAAUAAACCUCUCUGUGUGUACUAAGCUUUGCCAAGAGAUACUUUUCUACAUUUAAUUAAUUUGUGCAAGUUUUUCAUAAAUUGUUCUGUGAGUACUAAAUUUUUCAAAGACACUUUUUCUACAUCUAAUAAUAAUUAUUUGUUGCAAGUUCUUAGAGGUGAUUGCCUUCUCUAUAGAUGAAAUUAUUUUUAAAAGUUCUUAGGAAGAUAACAUCAAUUUUGGUUUGUAUGUUGAACUGUUCCACAAUUUUCAAGUAUUCAUUUGAGGACAAUUAGAAAUAGCUUGGGGCAAAUGUAAAUUGUAAUUUGCAUUGAGAGCUGGUCUUAGAAGUUUACUUAUUUGAAUUGCGGCUCGAUAUAUAUACAAUUAUAACCAGAGUUUUCCCCCUC